UUCACGCAAAAGUGCGAGAGUCAUGUCGCUGCUGUCAGCUGCUUGGUUUUUACAAUCUUAUCCUACAAUUCGAAAAUUAGCAAGUACAUUUAUUUAAGUCAGUAGAUUUCAGUAACCAUUGGUACGAGAUUCUUUGGGGAUACUGUUGGGGAACUGAUUGGAAGCAGUCCGUCAGUGUGAGAAGUUGGCUUGCUUGCAGAUCGUGUUGGAGCAUGCGUUGAGCCUCGCGGUGCUCCUCUCCUCCUUUCCCCUCAUUAGUCAUCCUAAUUGCUUCUCCCCGGGAUGGAUGGCUGAAAUGGUGAUUAUGCUGACUGCGAUAAGGAAUCGCCAGUGCCACGGUUAAUUGCAGUCUUGGAGUUCUGUGAGGUGUGCUGUACUGUCAUUUGAUUCUUGCUGAAUCGGCCGUGUAAUCUCGUUGCGAUGGCAGUGUGUGGGACGUGUUGAUCGAGUGGAAAGCUGCCUUGUGACUGGAUUCCUGAGGUUCUGUGGGAAGAAAAGGUCGCAGGGAUUGCGUCCCCCUCCUUGCCCGCAAGUUCUAUUCCCUUGGUCUCUUGGUCAGAAAUGAGCGGACAGCGCCUGCAGCCGCACGGCGCCGGCUCCCUCAACGGCGCCGUGGCCGACGGCUGGUCGGGGUCCCCCGGGACGGGCGGUGGCCCCGGUGGUCCCCCCGUCCGCCACGCGUCGGGGAUGAACCGCAAAGUGACGCUGGAGGAGCUGUGGAAGGGAUUAAAGCCCGGCCUGCUCUCCGUCUUCCACCUCAAGGGCAUGAACCGCGCCGCCUACAUGCUCCACUACUCACACGUGUACGGCUACUGCAUCUCCAUCCCGGCGGCCACCGACGAGAACGACGCCUCGGCCGGCCCCGGUCCCGCCCAUCCCACCGUCUCCUUGAACUCCCGCGCCCCCACCAAGAAGCCCAAGGCCAACUCCUCCGCGUCGCCCUCCACGCAGGCCUCCUGGGUGGGCAUGGAGCUGUACAAGAAACUGCGCGACUACAUCGUCGACCACCUCCACGGCGUGCUGACGCAAAUCAAGGGAUACCACGGCGACAGCCUGCUGGGCGUGUACUGCGCCAAAUGGAAGGACUUCCGCUUCUCCAGCCAGGUGUGCAACGGCAUCUGCGACUACCUCAACCGGCACUGGGUCAAGCGCGAGAACGACGAGGGCCGCAACAAGGACGUCUACACCAUUUACGGGAUGUGUCUGGUGCAGUGGAGGGAGUAUGUCUUCACGCCCAUUGAACAGCAGUUGUCGCGCGCGGUGCUGGAUCUGAUCAACGCCGAUCGCAACGGCGAGUCAAUUAACAGCCAGUUACUGCGGGAAAUCAUCGAUAAUUUCGUGGAGCUGGGCGUGACGUCGGACGCGCAGGAGGAGGCCAACCGCAAGGGCGAGAAGGAGGCGCGGCGGGCCGGGCUGGAGGUGUACAGUUCGGCCUUCGAGGGGCACUUCCUGGAGGAGACGGCGGCCUACUACGUCCAGGAGAGCGCCACCUUCCUCCGCAACAACUCCGUCAACGACUACAUCAAGAAGGUGCAGAGUCGACUGAUCGAGGAGGAGGAGCGCUCGGUGAAUUAUCUGCACGAGUCGACGGCGCCGGCGCUGAAGAAGGUGCUGGAGGACGUGCUCAUCAUCCGCCACACCGAGGCCUUCCACGCCGAGUUCAUCGUGCUCCUAACGCAGGACAAGAUUGACGAGUUGGCGGCCAUGUACAGCCUGAUCAGCCGCGUGCCGAGCCUGGUGGAGGAGCUGCACCGGCUGGUGGAGACGCACAUCAAGAGCCACGGCGCCGCCGCCGUGGCGCGCAACGUCGACCAGCUGGUCGGCGAUCCGCGCGCCUUCGUCCUGACCAUCUUGGACGUGUACUACCGCAGUCUCAAGCUCAUCCAGGGCGCCUUCAAGAGCGACCUCGGCUUCUCCAUUGCCAUGGACCGGGCUUUCAGCACACUGGUGAACAAUAACGAGGUGACCGCCGCCGCCAAGAGUUCCUCCAAAGUGCCGGAGUUGUUGGCCCGCUACUGUGAUGCGCUACUGAAGAAGAGUCAGAAGAAUCCGGACGAUGCGGAGCUGGACGAGUCGCUGAACCGCGUGAUGAUCAUCUUCCGGUACGUGGACGAGAAGGACGUGUUCCAGAAGUUCUACGGCAAGAUGCUGGCCAAACGGCUGGUCACGGGCCUCUCGGCCAGCGACGACUUCGAGGCCGCCAUGAUAUCCAAGCUGAAGGCGGUGUGCGGGUUCGAGUACACGUCCAAGCUGCAGCGCAUGUUCCAGGACAUGGGUCUGAGCAAGGACCUCAACGAGCAGUUCAAGCAGUACCUGGAGCGCCACACCCCCGCCGGGACCGCGACCGGCAGCGGGACGGAGGCCCCGCCCCUCCUGUCCAGCAAGGACCUGGAGUUCACCGUGCAGAUCCUCAGCACCGGCGCCUGGCCCUUCAGCGAGCGCACCGCCCUCACCCUCCCCACCGAGCUGGAGCGGCCGGUGACGGUGUUCCGGGAGUUCUACCACGGGAAGUACAGCGGCCGCAAGCUGACGUGGCUGUACAACAUGUCGCGGUGCGAGCUGAGCGCCAACUGCUUCCGCAACCGCUACAUCCUGCAGGUGUCCACCUACCAGGCCGCCGUGCUGCUGCUCUUCAACGACACGGACGCCUGCUCCCUGGGACAGAUGGCGCAGCUGGUCAACUGCGAGGCGGCGCUGCUGGCGCAGAUCCUCGUCGCGCUGGUCAAGAGCCGCAUCCUAACCACCGACGACAGUCCCACGGCGCCGCGGGCCAGCGUCUCGGAGGAGCCGGGGCUCGGGGAGGCCGCCGGGGCGGGGGCGGGCGCCGAGGUCGAGGAGAAGGAUCUGGAGCCCGGCACCGUGCUGCGCCUCAAUCUCGGCUUCAAGAGUAAGAAGCUGAAGAUCAACCUGAACAUGCCGAUCCGCGCGGAGCAGAAGCAGGAGGAGGAGAACACGGCGCGCGUCAUCGAGGAGGACCGCAAGCUGCUGAUCCAGGCCAGCGUGGUGCGCAUCAUGAAGAUGCGCAAGAGCCUCAAGCACCAGCAGCUCAUCGGCGAGACCCUAGCCAUGCUGGCCUCCCGCUUCAAGCCCACCGUGCCCCUCAUCAAGAAGUGCAUCGAGAUCCUCAUCCAGAAGGAGUACAUGAAGCGCGACGAGGAGAACCGCGAUCUGUACAACUACAUCGCCUAAACUGGCACGGCGGCAUGCCCACCGCCCCCGGGCGCCGCCGCCCUUAUGGCGAUUUGCGAGCAGGGAAUGGGAUGGUUUUGUGAUACGGUCGCGGAUCGGGUUGGACUUAUUAGAAUGUUGUGUGUUUCUGUAUUAGUUUCUAGUAAAUAAAUCGUCUAAAGCCCUUUAAUGUUUAUUAUUAAUGCGCCCCAUGUUGAGCGUUGGAUAUCCAAUUUAAUCUGUAGAAUAUUCAGGAAAUCUGUAGAAUAUUGAUUACUGUAGAUUAGGCGCGUUCUUGUGUUGCCAGCUGCAGCGGCGUGCUUUCUCGUCGCCGCUGAACGUUUGUUUUUAAUCUACGGUUGUCUUCUGUGUUCUGCUAACAGUCAGGCUGGGAUUGCUGUUAAUUUAAUAAAUCUUACGCCAGAAUCGA